GAAGGUGCACGUGUAUCUGCAUAUGUGUGCGUGUGCAAGUGCGUUUACCAUUGUCUCGUUGCAAAUGAUGCACCCGGAAGUAGACGAAAGACAGCUGCGUGUCUGUGACCUUUGUUGGUUCUGUCGAUGAUACAUUCUUAGCAAUAGCCUUCUGUUGUACAUGUUGUGCGUAACGCGUGAUCACAGGAGAAUGGAAGCGGCGAAGAUAGAGGAACGUCAACGGAGUGUGAGCCAUGUGGAUGUUGACGGAGAAAAGAAGAAUGAUAUUGAGCGACAUCAAGGCAUACAGCCAGAUGAUGCCAGGAUGGAGAACAGACUUGCAAAGAAAAUGGACGGCAACGAUGACAUCGAUUACGAAGGUGUCGAGCACUCGAUGCGCGUACGAACGGAUUCCCAAAUGGGACAGCUCGCGGAAACCAGCAAGAUCAAGAUCGGCAUCGAGGGUAUGACAUGUCAGAGUUGCGUGAGGAACAUCGAGGGGAUGAUCGGCGAGCGACCUGAUGUCAUCAAGAUCAAGGUGGUCUUGGCGGAGAAGGCAGGCUAUAUCGAGUAUAAGACGCACAAGACUACGCCGCAGGAGUUGGCGGAUGCUAUCGAGGAUAUGGGAUUCACCGCAAGUUUGCCGGCGUCUGAAGUCGCGAAGAACGAAACCAAAGACACCUCCGUAAUGCCUGUCGUCAGCACUUGUAACAUACACGUGGACGGGAUGACCUGUAUGUCGUGCGUGAAGAGUAUCACCGGUGCUCUGUCCGAAAAAUCUGGUAUAAAAUUCGUGGAUGUCAGCCUGGAAGCUAAAGAAGCUAAAGUUACUUACAGCAGCGGCGAUGUAACAGCCGAUCAGAUCGCAACUUAUAUUGAAGACAUGGGUUUCAUUGCAUACGUGAAGGAAGUGAACGACAAAGUUCUGAAACUAUCUUCGACCGUGUUUGUUAACAACAACCAGAAAAAGAUGGAACUGUCAUUGCAAACGAAUGGCGCCGGUGAUGUGAAGGGAAAAUGGUCAAAGUGCUUCCUGCAUAUUUCGGGUAUGACUUGCGCUUCCUGUGUUGCCGCGAUAGAAAAGCACUGUAAAAAAUUAUAUGGGAUAAAUAAUAUAUUGGUGGCACUGAUGGCUGCCAAAGCGGAAGUCACAUACGAUCCUGAUAAGAUAAGAGCGGUGGACAUUGCUUCCAGUAUAUCGGAAUUAGGUUUCCCCACGUCUCUAAUAGAAGAACCCGGAACUGGUGAAGGAGAGGUUGAAUUAAAGAUUCUGGGGAUGACCUGCGCAUCUUGCGUCAAUAAGAUAGAAUCGACUGUGAGAAAAUUACCCGGCAUACGAACGGCGGUGGUCGCUUUGGCGACGCAGCGGGGGAAAUUUAAAUUCGACACGGAGAAGACCGGUGUAAGAGACAUAAUCGAAAGUAUUAAUAAAUUAGGUUUCACCGCCAGUUUGUUUAGCAAUCGAGACAAGGAGAAUCGAGAUUACUUGGAUCAAAAGGAAGAAAUAAGCAAAUGGCGAACAGCUUUCUUAGUGUCUUUAAUCUUUGGAGUUCCGUGUAUGAUAGCGAUGACAUAUUUCAUGUUGGUCAUGUCGGUCGGUCACAAGACACACGAAGAGAUGUGUUGUAUAGUACCUGGUCUUUCUUGGGAGAAUCUAAUACUAUUCAUGUUUUCUACUCCAGUGCAGUUCUUCGGUGGUUGGCACUUCUACGUACAAGCCUACAAGGCUCUGAAACACCGUUCGACCAAUAUGGACGUUUUAAUCUCAAUGACCACUACGAUUUCGUACCUUUAUUCUGUCGCCGUCCUCAUCGCCGCCAUGAUAAUGCAACAGAACGUCAGUCCACAAACGUUUUUCGACACUCCGCCGAUGCUUUUAGUAUUCAUCAGUCUAGGAAGAUGGCUUGAACAUGUGGCGAAGGGCAAGACGUCCGAAGCUCUCUCGAAACUGUUAUCCUUGAAGGCUACGGACGCAGUGCUGGUCUCGUUGGGACCCAAUAACGAAAUACUCUCCGAGCGUUUGAUCAGCGUGGACUUGGUGCAACGAGGCGAUGUGCUGAAGGUAGUGCAGGGUGCUAAAGUGCCGGUAGACGGGCGCGUUUUGUCUGGCCAGUCGACCUGCGACGAGAGUUUGAUCACGGGCGAGAGCAUGCCAGUGGCAAAGAAGAAAGGCUCGGUGGUGAUUGGCGGCUCGAUCAAUCAGAACGGCCCGUUGCUGAUCACCGCGACGCACACGGGCGAGCACACAACACUGGCGCAGAUCGUGCGCCUAGUGGAAGAGGCGCAGACGAACAAGGCGCCCAUCCAGCACCUGGCCGACAAAAUAGCCGGCUAUUUCAUACCUCUGGUCAUAGUAGUUUCUGUGGUAACGCUGGUGAUCUGGAUCGUCGUCGGCUACGUGAACGUCGAGAAGCUGCCCAUAUCUCACGACGACCAAAUCGACAAGCACGGCAUAAACCGUGAAGAAAUCAUCUUUCAAUAUGCCUUCCGCAGCGCCUUGGCAGUACUCGCAAUCGCUUGCCCCUGUGCACUCGGUCUGGCGACGCCGACCGCGGUCAUGGUCGGCACCGGAGUGGGCGCGCUCAACGGCAUUUUGAUUAAAGGCGCUGAGCCAUUGGAGAAUGCGCACAAGGUCAAAUGUAUCGUCUUCGAUAAAACUGGUACAUUGACGCACGGUGUACCUAUCGUCACCAGGAUCGGGAUGUUCGUUGAUGAGAGGAUUUGUUCCUUGGUGAAACUAUUGCUUGUCGUCGGCACGGCGGAGAUUAACAGUGAACAUCCGAUCGCCUCGGCGAUUGUACGCUAUGUAAAGGACACGAUCGGAUCGGAGACUACUGGGCAGUGCACAAAUUUUCAAGCGGUUGCCGGCUGUGGCCUCAAAUGCAAGGUAUCCCACCUGAGCGCCGCUCUAUCUGAUGCGCUGAAGUCCGAGAAGAUCAUCAAUUACGCGAAUCAGAUGAACGCGGUGCCAACUGGCACAUACAAUCUCAACGAUGUACCCAUUGACAGAAUACCGAUCGCGACCUCGUCGCAGGAGAGACAAAAUUUAGAUCUGCAAUUACUGUUAAGUCCGGAUUCCCAAGGCGACCGAAACACUGCCUACGAUGUCUAUGAGGUCUGCAUCGGCAAUAGGGAGUGGAUGCGCAGGAAUGCGAUCAACAUACCGCAGGAGAUGGAGGUGAGAAUGGCUAGCGAGGAGGAUCAAGGGCACACCGCUGUUUUAGCCGCGGUCAACAACGUCCUAGUGGCGAUGAUUAGCGUUGCCGAUACCGUAAAGCCCGAGGCGCACCUCGCGGUCUACACCUUGAAGAAGAUGGGUUUAGAGGUGAUCCUAUUGACAGGCGAUAAUAGAAAGACCGCGGCGUCGAUCGCCAGACAGGUUGGCAUCAGUAGAGUGUUCGCGGAAGUGUUGCCGUCGCACAAAGUGGCGAAGAUUCAAAGACUGCAGGAUCAAGGUCUGAGAGUUGCUAUGGUGGGAGAUGGUGUCAACGACAGUCCCGCUCUCGCGCAAUCGGACGUCGGUAUCGCCAUCGCAUCGGGCACCGAUGUCGCUGUGGAAGCUGCCGAUGUGGUUUUGAUGCGCAACGAUCUGCUGGACGUGAUCGCGUGUCUAGACUUAUCGCGAAAAACGGUCCGCAGAAUAAGAUUGAAUUUCUUAUUCGCCAGUAUCUACAAUCUCCUGGGCAUUCCCAUAGCUGCCGGGAUAUUUAGCACCUUCGGCUUCUUCCUGCAGCCAUGGAUGUCUUCAGCAGCUAUGGCUCUGAGUUCGGUGUCAGUAGUAGGAAGUUCUCUAUUGUUGAAGUUCUAUCGCAAGCCGACCAAAGUCACUCUGGAGACUCCGGAGUACUUAGCAGCUAUGCAUGCCCAUUCUACGGCGCAGAUGAUCGACAUGGACACGAUAUCUCUCCAUCGUGGAUUGGACGACUCGGUCAUGCCGGUCAUCCACAGGUCGACCUCCACGUUAUCCAGGUAUGAGCACACGGGUAUGGUGUUUUCGGAAUAUUCGCAGGACUGUAAUAAUUCCGUUGCCUGAUAUGGUAUGGAAUAAAUCCAUCUAUUUUGAAUCCAUCACAUGAAGAACGUUUGUCAUUUCUGUCGGUUGUACUAACUGUUUCGUGUGCAUUAACGCUGUUCAUGAUAUCGCUCAUGUUUGCGAAGCGAUCUCGCGCAAUUCGCCGAUUUUCUUCCACUUGUGAAUGAAAUGGUUUGGUCGCGUAUUGUUGAAAAUAUGAGAAUAUAUUUUCUAUAUGCUCGAUUAGAAGUUUCACCGCUAGAACAGCAUUAACGCAAUUAAUUCUUUCAACAAAGUCUUCUAUAUUAACAUAAUAUAACGUUCUUCCUUACUACUCACCGGAAGAUCGGUGUUUCUUAUACAAAUAAUACCCAAGAACUCAAGCGUGACUAACCGAUGGGAAUCAAGCGCAACUAAUCGAAAGAAAGCAUUUUAUAUUUAAGAGAUACUUAAUAUUGCUAAAUACACAGGGUGAGGAAAAAGUCCCGGUUCGAGAUAUAAAAUAUCUCGAAAAUCAAACGUUUUAGAAAAAAAUGUUUCGAACAAAAGUUGUAUGAUUUCAAGGGAGACAUAAAACAACUAUAUCAUUUUGUUUACAAAUGGCACCACUUUCGAAAUACUCACUGAUCAUUACUUUUCUUAAACAGAAAUCCCAAUUUUUUAUUACACCGCCUUUUUCUACCAAUUAAUUUGAACAACUUUGUCCUCACCCUGUAUAUCGUUGAAUUGCUUAUGAUUUUUUAUCGCGUGUAUUUUCGCGAUGAACAGAAAUCGAUUCUUUGAGUACGAGUAAUUUAAUGUAUUCCGUUCAUUUUUCGGAUGCUUAUAUCCAAUUAAUGUGUUCCUUAGAAAGUGUGAAUAACAACAAAUAGGCUGUGAAAAAUAUUUUUGUGAAAAGUAUUUUUGAAAUUACACGAUUAAAUUAUUUUGUAAUCAUCGACCGUUAGAGUAGGCUGAUGCUGUCGAUUGUCAUCAAUUUCUGUUCAUAAUUUUUCCUUUCCGGAAAAUAUCAAAUUACGUUUGUUAUUCUGUAGAAAUUAGCUUGUUAUUUAAAACAAUAUAAGACUGAGAAAAGCAUUGUACGAUCAACGUUAUAUUAUCGAGUUGAGAGAAUGUCUUUUACUGUAAAUAUUGUAUUUUAUACAUACAAUAAACAAAUCGUGUAAAGAGAACGACACAACGGAGACUGCUGUACAAUAUUUCGUAAACUAUUGGUUAUAUUGUAUCGUAGACAUUGAGAUUGUCUACUGUGCACAUAUUAUGUAAAUAAAAUAAAUGUUCGUAUAUUCUUUCAGAAUAUAUGAAGUUACUUAAUUUUAA